AUGGGUUUUGGCGAAACCGGUCCACUCUGCUGGACAAAUGGCGAACGGACCGAUGGGCUGGUGGUCACGGACACAGUGAGGCUUGAGAUGGGCGGAAAUCGAAUAGCUGCGUCCGGGAGGAGGGUGCUUCUGGUGCAAGUUGAGCCUGUGAGAAAGGUCGCUGCUCACAGUCAACCGGGGCCAGGGCGAGACCAGACUCUCAUCGAAAUUAUCGCCAAUAAAUGUAAGUUCGCGCUGGACGACAAGGCAUCCUCCAAGCCCCCAUCGCUAAGCUCCCUCCGGCGGGCAGAAGACCCAGAAGAAGUCGGAUCCUUGCCCGCAAAUGCCAAAGGCGACAAAGGCGAUCGACCAGAAACAGUGAAGACAACGAGUCUCGAUGUCUUCGGUCGUGAUGACACCACUUGGUCGAUAAGCUCAACAUGCGCCGCGACGCAGUUGAUUCAACUUAUAUCAUCCCCUCCUCCAAAACUUGCCACAGUCCCUCCAACAAAGUUAUCUCGGGAGAUUCAUCGAAACCCUGCUACUCUUCGUAUCUGCGAGGGUUGUUCAGGUCCACACGCCCGUUCUCGAUUCGAAUCCGAUCUGGAGGAGUCUGAAGUGGCGGGUGAAGUGGGUGAGGGGCGACUAGACUGUCAGGGACUGGAUGUGAAGGACGAUCGCGAUUAG